AUCGUUCCUAUGGAAUAGCCUCCCUUUACAGCAAGUGUACACAGAGUCAAAAUGACGGUGUACGACUUUUACUUGUUCGAUAGAAAUGGAAAUUGUUUAUAUUACUCGGAAUGGAACAGGCGUAAGCAGCCAGGAAUAAGCAAAGAAGAGGAAUUCAAACUGAUGUAUGGGAUGAUAUUUUCAAUAAAAUCUUUCAUCAAUCGUAUUUCACCUAAGGACGUCCAUGAUGGUUUUCUCAACUUCAAAACAAGCAAAUACAAACUUCACUUCUAUGAAACGCCCAGUGGCCUCAAGUUUAUUAUGAACACCGAUUUAACUGUUGGCAACAUCCGUGAUGUCCUUCAGCAGAUAUUUAGCUCGAUCUACGUGGAGUAUGUAGUGAAAAACCCACUCACGGAACUAGGUGAGCCCAUCACCAGUGAGCUCUUCAGGACUAAAUUAGAUGAAUAUAUCCGGGGUCUGCCUUUCUUUACCCCUAAAUCUUCAUGAUUAUUUCAAAACAAGCAAAUACAAACUUGUGGAAUGUAGCUGAAAGACAAUUUUAAAAUGUAUUGCUUUUCCUGUAUAAGAAUUUUUCUAUUGAUGUAGGGCUGGUGCAAUUUUUGGUUUGUCAGAGUUUGUGAUUUUGUCCAGAAAAGCUGUAAGGGUAGUGAAAAUUUUGUUAAGCAUUUGUACUUCAGUUGCAAUAUUGCCAGUGACGCAGGAAGGUAUGCAUGCAAUGUCCUAUUGAAAAUUUGUCUUUGUGUGUGUGUAAGAGACUGAAGAGGGUAGGAUGGGGAAAGAGAUGAAAAAGAAAAGAUAAUAAGAGUAACAAUGACAAAAUUAUUUUUCAAAUUAAACCCAUUCGUUAAAAGAGUAAGCACGCUGCAUUUAACAGUGUUGAUGAUAACAUACACUUUGCUUUAAAUUAAAGAAAAUUUAAACAGGAAAAUC